AUGGAUAACGCGCUGUGCCUCGUGGCAAUGUGUCUGCUGUUCAUGACGUUGGGCACGCGGAUGGAGGAGGGCUCGUGCCAGCACUACUACCUGCUUAGGCCCAUCCCGAGUGACACGCUACCGCUGGUGGGCCUGCCCGAGGACCCGAACCCCGUGCUGGACCCCCGCGAAAAGGAUCUAAACGAAACGGAGCUACGUGGACUCUUGGGGAGCCACUUUGAUGCGCAUUUUAUGUCCGUAACCUCCCCGCCACUACCUGUAGCGGUAGGCAGCGAGGAAGGCAACGGCAACGACGCUAUGGAGCUACGGAGGCCCAGUGGGGCCAUGCCAAAGGAGAUCAAAGCCAUGGACUUCGAGCUCUACCAGCAGCAGCCGUUUGGCGGGAAGAAGCAGCAGCAGAAACAGCCCAGCAAGAAGCUGCGUCGGCGGAUGCAGCUGUGGCUGUGGACCUACGGGUUCUGCCCGGUACUGUACGCCUGGAACGACCUGGGCGCGCGGUUCUGGCCGCGCCACGUGAAGAUCGGCACAUGCUACAACAAGAGGUCCUGCUCCGUACCGGAGGGGAUGAUGUGCAAGCCCGCCAAGUCGGCCCAUGUGACCAUCCUCCGAUGGAGAUGCCAGCAGCAGCAGCAGACACGGCGAGGUGGUGGAGGGGGAGGGCUGAAGUGUGCAUGGAUCCCCGUGCAGUACCCCAUCAUCACAGAGUGCAAGUGCUCAUGCCCCAACGGAGGAUGA